AUGAACGGAUCACCUUCCUUGGUUUCUCCCAUCCCUACCUUUCCUCAUCAAUCUCCAUCUCCAUCGCCUCGGCGGGGUUCCGCAGUCGCAGGUCCAUCCUCACCUCGAUUACCGCGUGCGUCAAUGGGACCUCGACUACCCAGCAUCUCCGCAUCGCAACCUAUGGACUACGAUGGAAGGGACUCUCCGACUUUACCCGGCUCGAGGACAAGUGUGGUGAUGGGUUUCUCGCCUGUCCCAUCUCAUCAGACAUUACCAGCUGUUCCUGAAGCGUCUUCCAGCUCCCCUCAUGCUCCAGGCUUAACGCUCAAUACCUCUCAUAGACGGCUGUCGUCCCUUUCGCCCCAGCUCACUACACCGGUCGAACAGGUUUUUCAAUGGGCAGAAGGUUCACCUCGACCACUUGCUACUUCUCCCCGUGGACAAUCUCAUGAGCUACCGCCCAGAUCCCGCCGAAAUUCAGCUGCUAUCGUAUCGAUCAGUCUGAGUUCAAGAUCACGAUCACGUACGCCCAGAGGAAGUUCGGCUGCCCUGCCCAAUCAGCAGAGCGGGUCGGGAACUCCCAACAGAGGAUCAUCCUCAGCUACUCUGAGUGCCCACAAGGACGUGAUGGUGCAGAUGGGAGACUCUUGGGCUUCAGGUGCGGACGAAAUGGAUGAUUGGCAACCCGCAGGAGGCAUGUUGUUAGAUGGUGAUGGAGAGGAUUCUGCGUUGAUGGAUGACGAGGAAAGAGAUGAAUUUGAUGACAAGGAUAAAGGUAGAUCAUGGACUGGGUUCUCGGACGAUUCAUCAUCUUCUUCACCCCAUGUUGAAGAACCACUAAAACCUGGGAUGUUGAUUGGUGAAGGAAUGGAAUUUCAAGGUGAAAUCAUUGUACCUGCUGUUGGACGGAUGCCGAAUGGUACUGGCGAUGAUGACAUUGGUUUGCCACUGAGGAGAGGUGGGAGCGAGGCCACCAAAUUCACUAGAACCGAUGGGAAGCAGGAGAAGAAGAGAUAUGAGGUUGUAAGAAAGUUGGGUACAGGAAGUUAUGCGGUUGUAUACCUAGUAAGGGAAAAAGGUGGUAGACAUCGAGAGUAUGCCCUGAAAUGCUUGAGUAAACAAGACUUGGAGGAAGAACAACUUGACACUCAGCUGUUCGAAGCUCAUAUCCACCUAUCCCUGCCGAUUCACCAGAAUAUCGUUACUCUACAUCAGACAUUACAAACUAGGAAGUGGUUAUUUCUCAUGUUAGAGUUGUGUCCUGGUGAAGACCUAUUUUACUGGCUUGAGAAAUCUAGAGAUGCUUCUCCACACACUCAUCCUGUCCCUCUACCCGGAGAUCGAAAUCACGGUUUCAGUGGAUCUCCCGCUUCCCUCCUCUUCGCUCAUCACAAUGGUCAUUCUCACACUCAACACUUCACUCCUUCCCAGACACCACCCACGCCCAGUCUUCUUUCCUCAUUCUCGGCGGGGACCUUACUCAGUCAAAGACGUCUACGAUUGAUCGCUUCCAUGUUUAGCCAGAUGUGCGAAGCUGUAUCGAUUUGUCAUGACGCAGGGAUCAGUCAUCGUGAUAUCAAACCUGAAAAUUUCAUCUGUUGUGAUUCGAUAGAACUGGAAGCGGCUGCUGAUGGCGAAAUUGGGGAUGACGAGGACGAAGGAAAACCCGUGGACUUCGGUCCCCAAGCCAAGAGAAAGGUUAUUGUCAAAUUGACGGAUUUUGGUUUGGCUACUACUGAAGAGGAAAGUGGUGAUGUCGAAUGCGGUAGUAAGCCGUACAUGUCUUAUGAAUGCCGAAAUAACCUUGGGCCAACAUACUUCCCUGCUCCUGCCGAUGUAUGGUCUCUUGGUAUCGUACUCAUCAAUAUGCUCUUCCACCGAAAUCCAUGGAAAGAUCCCACACCUGGUGAUCCUAAUUUCGACAACUUCCUCAUGGAUCCCAUCGGCUUCUUGCUCACCAAAUUUUCUGGAGUCGGCAAAGAAGUCGCUUCCUACCUUGCCGAUCAUGUUCUGUGUAUCGAUGUAGACGCUAGAGUUUCUGCUAGAGAGUUUGGAUUGUGGAUCAAGAACCUUCCUGAGAUGAUUGGUGGACGAAAAGCACUUCACUCACUCAAGAUAUCCCGGAUCGAGAAUCAAAAGACUCCUACAGAUAAAGGUCUGUUCGUCAAAUCACCAGUCGCCACAAACCAAGAAACGACUAGGAAGAACUCUUCAUCUGCUCUUACCUCUUCUGCACCCACUCUGUCUAGUCUCCCCCCACCAUCACAGUUGUCUCUUCCCACACACAUUCAAAUACCGGAAGAGGAACCUGAAGAACCUGCCUUACCUACACCUCCUUUGGAACAUGAUCAGGACGAAUUAGUCUCAGCUACUACAAUCGAUGAUCAACCUACUCCAGUCGACAUGAGUGAAUUCGCUUCACCCGAGACAAUUGGUAAUGAUUUGGAAUCAUACGCUGGGGAUUCUGUUGCCGAUGGGUCCGAACGAGCGGAUGGAGAUUCUAGAUCCUUGUCUACCCAUAAAAGAAGGAAGAGGGGAGUAAGAAAGGGUAAAGCAGCCAAAGCAGCCGCUCUGGCCGCUGCGGGUGGAGACGAUCAACCUUCUCAAGAGGAACGAGAUGCGCUACUAGCGGAAUUGACAGUCGCUUCACAGACUUUAGCAAGGGAAGUGUCGAAGUUCUCGAAACCGUCCGAAGAGACGUUCGAUGCGACCAGGAUUGAAGAUUUCCCGCCAUUGGGCACUACACCUGCUCAAGCUGCCGAAGCCAAGAAAUCCAAGUGGAAAGAUAUGAUGAGAUUCUCUACUGCUCAAGGUAAUAACCCCGAACUGGCUGCAUUGGCUCGACGAGUGGCAGAGAGGGAUGGCAGCUUGAACCUAUCUGCUCCUGCGAAUCUACAACAAGGUCAAGCUGCCAAAGGUUCACUAAAUUACUCGAAACACGCUUUGAGACAGACUACGACUGUAUCUUCUUCCGGGAUAUCCAGUGCCUUAUCGUCUUUUGGCAAUGUGUCGAGUACCAGCGCAACAACCUCAGCUGCUGACGAAGCUGAAGAUUGGAGAAGACCUAGAAAACCCCAAUUACAGCAUAAAGGUGACUUGGAAGAGGCAGGUCAGACGAUGGUCGAUGACUCCAGAGGCAGGGAUAAGAACCCUCAUCCGUCUUAUAGAAAGAACGAAGAUCAUUCUCGAGCUAGAAAAGCCGCAUUGGCCGCUGCAGCUAUAACAGGAGGAGAAAUGGGCUCGUUUGGUAAACCAUCGAACUUAUCGUUAUCUCAACCUAUCCAUAAAUCACCACCACCACCUCAACAGCAACAGCAUCACCAGGUUAAUCGGCCCUCCAACCUGUCCAAACCUAUCACUACCAAUUAUACAAUCAGAAAUUCCGUUCCUAUUGGCUCAUCCCCGAAACAGAAUAAAGCACCAUUCAAAUCUGGUUUAUCCCACACUCACGCUAUGUCAAUCGAUAGCGAUUCUUCUACUUCACCAUCGACCGCUAGACCCAAUUUAGAUUCCAAGGAAAGUUCUUCGACCAUCACCCAAAGUCAACCACAGACUCCCCACAGUGCGACUGGAGCAGCCGGAGGGCCGAAUAAACCGAAAUUGAAAGGACAGAUCUCGACUUUGGCAAAGAUGUUGAGCGGUCUAAAGACUAAGGGAGGUAAGGAUUAG